CAGGCACGAUGGAGCUGAGCGGAAUUCUGGGAAGGUCGGUCACUUUCCCUCUGGAGAUCCCAGCAGCAGAGCAAUUCGAGAACGCUGCCUGGACUGUAAACACAAACAGUCUAGUAACUGUAACACCUGGGAAACCACCCAAUGUCGUUCUGAUAGACAAAACAAAUUACCGCGGACGCCUGGAAAUCCUUGACGAGAGCUACUCCCUACAGAUCACCCACCUGCGGAUGGAGGACACGGGACAAUACAGAGCGGCCGUAAACACGGAUAAAGGCUCUGUUACCAAGCGCUUCACACUGCGCGUGUACAAGCCAGUACUGGAGCCAGCUGUCGCCUGUCACUCAGUGACCUGUGUGAAUGAAACCUGCAACUACAACCUGAGCUGCACCGCCAGGGAUGGAGGGGACAAUGUGACCUACAGCUGGACUCACACAGCAGGGGGCACUGUUGUACCCAAUGAGUCCAUUCUGCACAUCUCUCUGAGCCCCCGUGAUGCUCACCUGGCCGUCACCUGCACAGCCCAGAACCCCGCCAGUAACAGCUCCAGGACAGAGUUUCCAAAGACCAUUUGCAAAGAACUCUCAAGUCAAUGGCAGGAGCAGGCUCAUUGUAAUCAUAGAUUGAUUGGUGGGAUGUGCGGGUGGAGAGAGGGUGGGUGGUGGUUGGGCGCACAAGAGAUAUUACUCAUGCACACACACAUGCUUUUCCUUGGCAUUGGGUCUGCGUCGGGAACAUGGUGUCUUUCCAGAUACACUUAUUCCCUUGUCCCCAUUCUCUUCCCUAUGCUGUAUUCCAUCACGCACAUUGCAACAACGCCACUUUACCACAUGACGUCAGCACCCACAACAACCACCACCACUGCAAACCCACAGUUCCAAUCUGCCAGUACAGCUGGAAUUGCAGUUCCAAUUGUUAUUGUCAUCGUCGGCCUUCUCAUCAUUGCUCUGUGGUUCGUGUACACACACAAGCGCAAAAGAGCCUCGCAAAAGUACACUCCAGAACCUGCUGGCAGCUCAGAGACCGAUGCAGAAAAAAACACGGUUUACGCCCAAGUCGGCAAUUUGCCACUGUCUCACAGUAGAACGGGGACUCCGAAAGCGAGCCCGGAGACCAAGAAGGAUGAGACAAAAACUAUCUAUUCCAAGGUCCAUUACCCAAACCAGUCGCCUCCGCAAACGGAUGAUGAGAAGUUGUCCAGGGACGGCCUGGAGUCCACGGAGAAGAGCGAGAGAACCAUUUAUGCCACAGUCAACCAGCCAACCCAGACAAAGCCCGCCAAGUCCACAGAUGCUGCUGAUUCUGCGGUCACUCCAAAAUCUCAAGGGCCAUCAGAAUACGACAAGAUCAUCUAAGAGCUUGUCAAGGCAACACAAACAUGCAGCGAGAAUCAAGGAAUAAUUCAGUACUCCAGCAUCAGACACCCAAACAGCAGAGGAGCAAUGCGUAUAAUUUGUACAGCGCCAUGCACCAUAGGGUCCUUGUCCCUGACUGGGCUCCCAUCCGCUACUGCAAUUGUAAUUUGGACAGACCCCGGUCCUUGGCGGGCUUAAAGCAUGAGCCGCUACCUCAUGAACUAAAAGCCAACUGCGUGUUAGCUAAGGCGACAGAGAAGACUCAUUAACGGUUCUCUCGCUAAGUGGUUUCAGUGCUGCUAGAUGGGACAGACCACACCCAGACAGUGUGUGGUUACACAAUGCAAAUCAAAACAACAAACAAGGCAUGUAGCGUGAAAUUCACCUCCGUGCUUGCCCCUUACCCAAGAGCUUUGCCCCCCUUAAAACACUCUUCAUCUUUAAGGCUGGGGUAAAGUAUCUCUAGACCUUGGUGACAAACACAGGAUCAAAACUCGGUAUUAGUGUACAUAGCUCAGGCGCAUAAUCUUUUUUGCUGCUGAAUUUUCUAGGUUCCCCCAUCAAGGGAAAAAAAUGAAGUCUUGAUUCUCUGUUACAUUAAGGCCCCUUGACGGUGCUCUGGCAGUGUUCAGACGCCUUAAAAAGGAGUUACCCCCCACUUUCAGGUACCUGGAACCUGUCAGGCCUGUGUAAAAUGAUCUGCAACGCGGUGAGACCUGGGCCCUAAGUAUCUAUAACUUGGGCAAAUCCAAAGCACUUUUCUUUCACUGGAUGGCAUCUCUCGUUGCCCAGCGACACGCCAAUGAUCCGCUCCAAACAGCCAGCGCUGGUCAAACAAAUAAAUGAUCAAGUUUACUCCCGCCCUACCUCAUAUCGUCCUAUUCAAAAAUGAAGGAACUUUUUUUGCACAGGGAUUCCAUAUAAACAUGCCUCAGGAGGCAGAGAGUAGCCCCGGAAAAGUUUCAGUCUUGAGGGUAAGCAGGGGUGUCACAGCCGUGUCAGUUCCAGGAUAUUACAGAGACAAGGAGGUCAGGUCAUAUCCUGAAGGGGAACAUUUAGGAACAUUGAGAUGGAUUCGGCGGGAAUCUCCUCAUUCCCCUGCACACUCCAGCUAUAACAAAGGGGAUGAAUUUUACUAACGUGGAAAAGAAAAAAAGUGAAGACGGGAUAAAGCAAAGGAAAUAAAAUGCAAACCCUACCAGAAAUUUGGAGACGCACCGUGCCAUGCUCUGCGCCGGUGGGACAUAGAACAUGACGGACACGUCUUGUGGAAGGACUUCAGUGGAAAAGUUCAGUUUGAGUCAAAUAAACUGUUUUGUCUCAACAAAAUCUCAGCGGUUUGGUUUGGUUUUGACUAAUUUCAUUUUUAGAAGAUUUAAAAACAGAGAUUUGGGAACAAAAAGUCAUUGAAAACUGACCAACUUUUGGCCAAACUUUCGAGGCUCAACCCAAGGCCGGGGCAGGUUCCCCGCAGCCCACUACCCUUGUCGCAGUCCUGGGGGCAAAGCUCGUUUGAAAAUCUGGGCUCAAGUGAUGGAGCCUGCGGCAGGGCCACAACAUGAACUCGAUUCUUCGGUG